AUGAAUCAGAAACAGCUGAUGGCUCUAUCAAUCACAGUGGUGAAGAAUCCUCUGUUGAGGAAGAAGGUGGACAUUUCAGAAGCUCCCUUGCAGAAGCUGGCACUGUCAGAACAGAUGCGAUGGGAACAAAGGAACCAAGAAAAUGGAAUAGAGUCUUUAGAGGAAGUAGUGUGGAAGGAUUUAUGGAGGAGAAACAGUCAAUUAUUGCAAUGUUGUCUUUUGUUACAGAAACCGUGGUUUUGGGAUCAAAAGGAAUGCUGGAAAGGAUACCCUCAGCAAGUGUUGCUGCCCUCCCAAUACUGGUACUACAUGAUAGAACUGGCUUUCUACUGGUCCCUCCUCUUCAGAGUCUCAUGGGAUGUGAAGAGGAAAGACUUCAAGGAGCAGAUCAUUCAUCACAUUGCCACAAUCUUUCUGAUUGGUUUCUCCUAUUGUGCAAACUAUAUACGGGUGGGGACACUGGUGAUGCUGGUCCAUGAUGCAUCAGACUAUAUUAUGGAGUGUGCAAAAAUGUUGAACUAUGCAGGAUGGCGCAGGAGUUGUGACGUGCUGUUUGCAGUCUUUGCUGUUGUCUUCCUUAUUACACGACUUAUCAUCUUUCCAAAUGUGGUAAUUUACACCACCUUCUACCACUCCAUGGAGAUUUUCCAGCCCUUCUUUGGUUACUAUUUUUUCAAUCUUCUUCUGAUGGUCCUGCAGCUGUUGCAUAUAUUUUGGGCAUACCUUAUUCUGCGAAUGGUAGCCAAGUUCAUAUUUCUUGGUAAGAUUGAUAAGGAUGAAAGGAGUGAUGAUGAAGAAAGUGAUGGGACAGAGGAGGAGGAAGAUGAGAGAAUGGAAACAAAGUCUGCAUCAUCCAAUCACAAUGGUGUGCUAAAUAACAUGACAAAUGGGAUGAAGGGCAAAUCAAAUGAAAGGAACAAAUUGCCCAAAGCCAGGUAGCAACAUCGCUAAGGAUGGAUUGGGAGCUGUUACUCAAAUAUUACUCUGCUUUUUGCUGAUGAACAUUAACAUCUGCCAGUUUUGAGAUCCACCCUAUACAUUGUGAAAAGUUUCUCCGAGCUGCAGAAUCAACAAGCCAGCGACAAUGGGCCCAUCUCCUUCAUGAACUUUGUUAAACCUCUCAUUUUUCAUUGGUCUUCUGUCUCCUAUCAAAACUUGCCUAACACCAUGUUCUCAAUUCACUGUUGAAACCUUCAUAUGGAUGGAAAAUUUGGGAACUGAUCUAAGUAACCUUUUGAUAUUGAAAUAGUUAUUUAAACAUUUUUUUAUAGAACUGAACAGUUUUUAAAAAAAAAACUUUGCUUUCCUCCUGACUCUUGUAUUCCAGCCCAUUGUGUGAUCAAUUCCCUUGGACCUUCCUGUGUAAUUCUCAAAAUGGACACUAGAUGGCGCGCGUCUAUAGUCUGGGUGGAUUCUUUGGACAAGUUUGAAUAGCUGAGAGGGGGUACUCCAUGAGACACUAAGGCAUGAAAAUCCAGAUCCCAAUUUAAACUAUUUUUGUCUUAAGCUAAAUAAUUGCAAUGUUUGGUGUUACAAUUUAUUUUUAUUCAGGAGGCAGAACUGAUGAAUUUAUUUGGUGUUUGAAUGGUUAAUAUUUAACAUCACAUUUUGUGUAUCGUUGGGCUGAAAAAAGGCGUGCUAAAAUUUGAAUUUAGCUUUGGAUUUAAGAGUAGUUUUUGUUUCGUUUAGUUUUCUGUGAUGCAGUUUGGAAAUGAUCAAAGUUCUGUGAUACAACUGAGAUCCAUUUUGCAACACUUUUGCACUUGGGUUAGCAUGUCCUCACAAAGGAAAGAUGUGUGCUUUGACAGUUUUAAUUCUUGCAAUUCUCCACAUUCACCCAACACAAUGGUUUAGGUUGUAGAGAGCCUGAAAUGUGUCAGCACCAGAGGGAUCAUGAUCCCUGACUUCCAGUGCACUGUGGGUAAGAUGGCAUCACAUGGAGGUUACUUUGACUCAUCAAAAAGAUUAGAAUAUUACAACAUUAGAAUUCCAGUUUCUGUGGCAUUAUCACAAUGUACAUGAGUCUGUUUCCAGAAAUUGCAAGAUUCAGCUAAGAACAGUAAUUCAUGUUUGUGAAAUGAUGCAGUAACACAAGAUUUCUUCCAGAAAUGAAAUUUUAAGAUGGGGUAUGAUAGAUCACUAUCCCAUGGCAUGUAAGUGUAGGACAUCUGAGUAUACCUGCUGUUUGGUUUCUCAGAUCUAAUCCUCAAAUUGGACAUCAAGAUGGAAAUUUCAUCAGUUUCUGCAUGUUUUGUAUGUAACGUGCAUAAUGGUGUGGGAGAGGACAAUGGGCUCAAGGAGAAUCAUGUUUUAAGUUUGGAAACCCCUGUGACUUUAUGAUCAAUUUUAUAAAAUUAAAUAUAAUCUGAAUUUAGAACAGUAGAUGGCUUGUUGCAGGACAGUUUGAAAGAAACUUUUAUUUUGCAAUUAUGAACAAAUCCAAGAACUGCAUGAAAUAUAACACAUGACUGAAAUGAUCCUAUGGAUUUUCUCAUUUUGUUAGGUUGCUCAUGCACUUCCUUGUUCAUGUUUGUUUAAUCUUUUUUGGAGUUAAAUUUAAUCAAGACUGAGUGACUUUGUACAAAUGACAGUCUUGGUUACAGUUUUUGUAAAUAUAAAGCCAAUCUCAGUACACUACUUAGACUUAAUUACUGGAACUGAUUGACAUAGUGUCUGACUCUGUCAUUUGAUCAUCACAAGUCUUGUUUUGAAAUUUCUGAAUAAAUUAAAACUUUUACAUUU